CUUAACCGGUUGGUUCAGGUACAAAUUGUCUGCUUUACUCGUUCUGGGUAAAUAGACUAAUCGGACCAGAUUGGAGGUUGAUUGCCGAUUUUACCGAUCGGACCGUCCGAUCCGGUGCGGUCUUCACAACAUUGGUUAAAGGGUUGCUGACGGUCAUCAAAAGUGAAGCCGGGGUACAAAUUGUCUGCUUCACUCGUUCUGGUUAAAUAGACUAAUCGGACCAGAUUGGAGGUCGAUUGCCGAUUUUACCGAUCGGACCAUUCGGUCCGGUGCGAUCUUCACAACAUUGGUUAAAGGGUUGCUGCCGAUCAUCAAAAGUGAAGCCGGAAGCCCCCUAAUGAAAGUGGAAGUUAGAGAGAUAACAUAGUAUUUGAAAUAGAGAGAGACCAUUGGGGCGAGUGUGAAGCCCCAUCAGAGCCUCUUGGUAAGCUCGAUCCUGAACAUGAAGACUGUGGAAAAGCAUGAGAAGUAUUUGGGAUUAGCUACGGUGGCAGGCAGAUCGAAGAAGGAAUUAUUCUCUACCAUCAAGGAAAGGGUGAGGAAGAAGCUCUCGGGAUGGAAGGAGAGGAACAUGUCAGCAGCGGCGAGAGAGAUUUUAAUUAAAUCAGUUGCCCAGGCUCAAUUGACUUAUGUCAUGUCGGUAUUCCGUGUACCAGAAGGAAUUAUAGAUGAGGUCCAUAGUAUGAUUAUGAGGUUCUGGUGGGGGCAAAAAGGAACUGAAAAGAGAAUCCCAUGGCUAGCGAGGGAGAAGCUUGUUUGUCCAAAGGCGGAGGGGGGCAUUGGCUUCCGAGACCUGCGGGGUUUCAACAAUGCCCUGCUAGCUAGGCAAUUAUGGAACCUCCAUCAGCGGCCUGGCUCUCUUAUUGCGAGGAUGAUGAAAGCAAAAUAUUAUAAGAAUGGGACCGCACUCGAGGCAAAUGUCGGCUACCGACCAAGCUUUGUAUGGCGUAGUCUGAUGAGCGCACAAGAGUUCUUAUGCAGUGGUUUGAGGUGGAGGAUUGGGAACGGGGAUUUGGUUCGUAUCUGGGGAGAUCGGUGGUUGCCGGACGUACCAGGUUUCUUCGUUCAGUCACCGCCGAUGGGGCUGCCGGUAGACUCGAAGGUCAGUGAACUGAUUGAUGCAAAUACGGAGCAGUGGGAUGCAGUACUUAUUGAAAGUUGUUUUCCAACGGCGAUGGCUGAGUCCAUCUUGCGCAUUCCAGUGCGAGGUAUUAGCGAUCCCGAUCGGCUGAUUUGGGCUUCGAGUAAAACAGGGAGCUAUGAAGUGAGGGAGGGAUACCGUGUGUGGUUGAAGGAGUUCAUGUCUGAUCGGGGGUUGCAGCCGAUAGGGGAGGCCAAUAUGUGGAAGACGAUUUGGUCCAUGAAAACGCCACCAAAAGUCCGCCAUUUUAUGUGGCGGUUUGCGAGAGUUUCUUUGGCUACGGGGGACCAGGUGAGUAUGAGAAGUGAGCGGAGAGGAGAUGAUUGUCCCUUUUGCAACUUGAGGGAGACACAAGUCCAUUUAUUUGGGGAGUGUAGUUGGGUCUGCCGAAUCUGGCGGGCAUCAACUUUAGCCAAGUGGUUUGAGAUGAGGGAUGAUAAGGGAUGCUUGGAAUGGGUAGCACGAGUGGCUCAGACAGCAACAGCAGAGGAGUUUGCGGACUGGAGUGUACUGCUAUGGUUUCUUUGGAAAGAACGAAACGCACAUCUAUUCAAUGGUGCAAAGUUGGCCGAAGAAGAAAUAGUGGUGCGCGCCCAAGCUUAUCUUGAUGAUUAUAGACAAUACCAGGAGACUUUGGAGAACUCACCGGGACCAGUCAUGGCGAAAACAUGGCAACGUCCAGCAACGGGAAAGAUUAAAGUGAAUGUGGAUGCAGGAGUCGUGGAUGGAGGUUUGGGCCUGGGUGUGGUUAUAAGAGAUGACAGGGGGCGCUUUGUGUUAGCGGCUGCGAAGAAAGUCCGAUACGGGGGAGAUCCGGAAAUGGGCGAGGCGCUAGCAGGGGAGUUUGGUCUCCUUUUGGUGCGACAGCAUCACUUGGGAUCCCCUGUACUCGAAACGGAUUGCCUUACGCUGGUGGGCAAGCUAUCGACAGCUAGAGAGGUCCACACUGAGGUGGGAGUUAUAUGCCGCAGUAUAUGUAAGCUGAUGGAGGAAAUUGGGGGAGGCGAGUGGAGACACGUUAGCAGGAUGGCAAAUGAGGCAGCCCAUAAAAUGGCGCAUGUCAAUACGAGAUGGAAUGAAGCAGAGGUCUGGUUUGAUAGACCACCAAUGUGUCUGCUCGAUCAGUUGAAACUCGAUGAUGUAACUGUUUCGUCUGAUUAAUAUUAGCUCCGAGCAGAUUUCUAUAAAAAAAAAGAAAUAGAGAGAGACCAUGAAGGAUUUGAUUGAUGACUCACUUAAAUACCCAAUUAAUUAAAAAGUGUAAUUUGG